CGUGGACGCGACAAGAGGGCAGGAAAGGAGUUCUUUGGAACAAUUUGUGCCUCUCAUCUUUUGACUUUUAUGCACUUCCUCACUCUUUAAGCUGCUCCCGUCCAUGAACAGGCACUUCUUCCUCAUCCCUGACUUGCCCGCUCGCCAGCAUCCUCAGAAGGCAAACACUCUGUCUCAUUUUGAGAAGAAGGCGGUGGUGGUGGGGGAGGAGGUGACCUCAGGAGGACGCACAGGGAUCCCAGCUCCGGGAAAAGGAGGAGGAAGAGGAGGAGGAGGAAGAGGGCACAUCCUGCUGAUAGAAAGCAUCUACGAAGCCUUUCUAUCCCUCCGUGCACACGCACAUGGACAUUUAGGGCCUGUUUUCAUGCAAACUAUUACAAGGGUUGAGAAGUGAAUCUCUAGCUACCACAGGCGUGUAUAGUGAACAUCACUAGUUUACGUGAGGAUAAUCUGCAUUAAAGGACAAUAAGGACGAGCUGCGCGAGUGCAAAAUGGAUCUCAAUCGAAUCAGAGGUCUGUCCGAUGUGCCUUGAGCCUCGGCCCAGUGCCUCACACCUUGGUCCCACCCGCCGUGGCAGUCAGACUUGGACGCCACUCAGUCCGUUAGGAUGGAGCUGGACGGAAUGGACCUCCAGCAGGUCCCGGUGCUGUCGAUCGACCAGAUCCGAGCCAUCCGGGCCCACAAUGACUAUGUAGACCGGCCGGUGGCGCUGGAACUGGCGUCACAGUCGGGAUUUUUCUACGCCCACGAUGAGCGCCACCCACAUGGGAUAUACUCGCAGUACCCUCAGCCGUCCCGCCACACCGCUCUGCCCCGCAGCCAAAGUCAGCAGCACGCUCACACGUCCCGCAUCAGCCGCUCCAGUACCAUCAGCUCCUCCAUGUCCCGGACCAGCGCCGGUUCAGACCAGAGGCUGCUGGCGGGUCUGACGCCCUCGCACUCCGGCCUGGCCUCGGUGGUGCGCGCUCAACCAAAAGGGGAGCUCAAAGCUGACAAUUCCUUAAGCAAAAUCUUAGCCGAAGACGAACUAGGCCGGCACCAAUUCAUCUGCGAGCGCUGCGCCCGCUGCAAGUGCCACGAAUGUUGCGCCCCGCGCCGACUGCCCUCCUGCUGGGCCUGCGGUCAGCGUUGCCUAUGCUCAGCCGAAAGCGCGGUGGAGUAUGGCACCUGCUUGUGCUGCGUCAAGGGCAUUUUCUACCACUGCUCGGCUCAGGAUGAUGAGGACAACUGCGCCGACCGUCCGUGCUCUUGCGCCCCGGCCCACGCUCUGGCCCGCUGGGGCACCAUGGGUCUCCUGGCUCUUUGCCUGCCCUGCCUAUGCUGCUAUCCCCCCGCCCGGCUGUGCCUCGCAUUGUGCCGCUGUGCCCACGACCGGGCCACGCGACCCGGCUGCAGGUGCAGCAACACCAACACCGUGUGCCGCAAGAUCUCUGCCUCCAACCCCAACCCGGGCCAUCCCUCCGUAAGCAAAGGUGCGGAGAAGUCGCUAUGACAGGCCUGGACGGGUGGCAUCUAGGUGCCUACCUUACUAGUGCUCACCUACUAUGUAUGCAUCCACCUGUUCUCCAGCUCAGGAGGGACCAAAAGCUUUACUGUGCCUGUUCGCCUUGGAAACUACAAGCUCAAUCUAAGAACUGAACUGAACUCGCCUUCCUUCUUCUGCCUAAUCGGGACGUCUAACAAUAUUUAUUUAUUAUUGGACGCCUGCUGACCCUUUGGGGUCGAAAUCCAGACUACGGACUAUGUAAGGAACUCUCGGUUAAACUACAUAUGGGAUGUAGAUGCACCUAAAGGUUUGAAAGCUAAGAAAUGGAUGGUGCAAACAUUCACGGCAGAUCUAGAACAAUUUGACACACUUAAAAAAAAGGAACCACACAUUGUCUGAAUGGAAUUUCAAUGCCAUCAUUUGUAUAUAAAUGCACACACUGCAUUGCGUAAAACUCGUGGGCCACUGAGGUAAAUUGUACUUGGGUUAAAUCUCAGGCAACUUUCAAAGUUCCUGGAGAAUCAAAUGGUGGUUUCCAGGACUUUUCACUCAAUCCUCGGCCAAAAUCAAUGGGUUCUACAUGCCAUUUCUUCAGAAAUCUCAAAGAAAAGCCUUCUACCUGAAUCUUUCCUCACACUAACUUUUUGGUAGCAGCCUCAGUCUUUUGCGCUGUACAUUUUGCAGCACCUCUGGAACACUUUGACACCUGGACGAUACUGUGCAAAAGUUGCAGGUCAUCAAUAGUGAGCGACUGGUUCCUGGGCGAUCAGACAUUUGAUUCUGGGACUGUGCACUUGCUUGAAAUGCUUGGGAUACAUCCUUGCACGAAGUCGGUGGUAACUUAUGCGUUGUAUGUGCAGCAUCUCUGGAACUUUCAUCUUCAAAGACUGAAACUGCAUUCGCCACCAAAAACCAAUGCGCCAGCCUUCUUGAAAAUCAACAAUGAAAAAAGAAAAGGUGGCCUCAAACUUUUGCACAGUACCGUACAAUGUUUAACAGUUGGUUAUUCAACAGCAGGGUGGGCCAGGUGGGCGUUUGCCCAUCGAGUCUUUGUGUGUGCGUGUGUUGGUGUACUGUAUGUGUGAAGAAGAAGAAGAGGGAGCUGUCUUUGUCUUUUUUUAGCCUCGCUGCUACAUCUUUGCGCUGGUCCGCUCGGGUUUCUCAGCGUGUCGCUGCCCAAACCUCGGUCCUCCCGCAUCUCCACCCUACCCUGUUCACCAGUUUAUCCUACUAUCCCAUCCGCCGCGCCUGCCUCUCCUCUUUCGUCGGCCGGUGGGCUAAAAGCCUCCCGGCGAGAGUUGAUCAGACGGGCAAUUAUCUCCGUGAUUGCUCUUAAUGGGCCAGACGAGAAGCAGGAAGGAGUUGCGGUGUUUUGGCGGACGGAGAAGAAAGCGGGACGAGGGGGAAAAAAAGGGCCUGGCUCGGGUUUCCAGACGUGUGUGUGCAUGUGUGUGCAUGUUCUCAAGCGAACGUGCGCGUGUGUUAUGGGGUUGCAUGAAAACAACACCCGAAGCGUUAAGACCUUCCUUUGCGAUUAUAUUUUUAUAUGCAGAUACGAGCGAGCGGCGUUGAAAUAAUUUUUUUAUCGAGCUUUCAUGAACAGUCAGGGGGAACAUACACAAAGGAAUUUCAAAAAUGAUGCACAAGGAUUUAAUAGGGUAGGAUACAAAUGGUUUAGCCAUUGACAGCGCUAGACGUCCAAUUGAUUUCGAGUGGGAACUGUGAAUGAAUGUUUAUUCGCCUCUCCCAGUUGUAAGUGACUCGACGUCUAGUGCCGUCAAUGACACUGAAAUAUGAGCAUUCAGUCUUCCUGGUUUAAACAAAUUGGACAUCUAUGACUGUCAAUGGCAUGCGAAGAGUUAAAUAUUAUGAAGAAAAAACAGUUUAAUUUUAAAACUUAUAAGCCGCUACUUUUUUCCUUCAUUUUGAAUCCUGCAGCUUACAGUCCAGUGCGGCUUAUUUAUUGAUUUAUUUGGGUUAAUAGGCAACACGUGCCUCAUAGCAUGCAUUGCAGCGCUACAGAUGUAAAUAACAAUCGAAAUUCAUGUUCUGUGCUAAUUAUUUAUUCAGCUAUUGUUCCAGUUGUUUAAUUAAUUGCUAGUUAUGGUUUUUGGUAACAAUUUAUUUGACAGCGGCGUCAUAAGACUGUCAUAAGACCGUCAUAAUUAUGACAUGACACUAUCAUGGGCAUUACUGAAUGCUUAUGAUGGAUGUCAUUAAGUGUCACGUGGUGAAUUAUGUUGCUAACUCCAUUUAUGACUAGCUCAGAUGUUUAAUAUCUAUUCAAAAGUAAGAUAAUUUGGCGGAUUAUACAAAGUGAAAUCUGUUAUAAGUAUUUAUAAUAUAUAUAUAUAUAUAUAUAUAUAUAUAUAUACAUAUAUAUAUAUAAGCAUUCAUGCUCAUGUCAUAUUAUGAUUGUAUAAUCUGGUGUAAUCUGGUAUAAUCUGUUUUAUGGUGCCACUGUCAAAUAAAGUGUUAGCAAAUGCCCGUAGUUAGCUGGGAUAGGCUCCGGCACCUCCGCGACCCUCGUGAGGAAUAAGCGGCAUGGAAGAUGAAUGAAUGAAUGAAAUACCAUAACUAGCAAUUAAUGAAACAACUGGAACAGUAGCUGAAGAAAUAAUUAGCACAGAACAUGAAUUUUGAUUGUUAUCUACAUCUGUAGCGCUGCAAUACAUGCUAGGAGGCAUGUUGGAAAACAACAGCGUUGACAACAGAUGGUAGAAGAGGUUGACUGUCUCCCCCACGGGUGCAGUGAUGGCCAAAUCAAGCUUCUUGAAGCAAUGAAGCUUUGACCCAAUUGUUUGCAACCAUCAUGAAGCUUUGAACCAAUUGGCUGCAAAGCUUCAUGAUGGUUCAUUUCUUCUUGUUAUUGUCGUAUGAUGCCGCUGUCAAAUAAAGUGUUACCAGUUAAUAUCCUUUGGUGUAGAUAUCCCAUAAUACAGUGAGGACAGCUGAGGCUUAUUUAUGAACAAAUGCCCUUUUUGUUUCACAUUUGAUGGGUGGUGGCUUAUAGUCAGAUGCGCCUAUUAAUGCUAAAAAUUCGAUAUUUAAUUUAGAGUGUUACUUGUAGUCAAAACCAAUGUGUUUUUCUGUUUUUAUUCAUUUCUAUUUAAUUAAUUUAGUGUUUAUUUGCACUGUGUUGAUUUGAAAAUGCAUUUAUAAAUUAAAGAAAUAUAUAUAUAUAAAUCACCACUAUGAUUAAUACUUUUAAAACAUACAGUAAAACCAAACUUAACACAUGCUAAUAUUUAAAUAGUCACUUCCCCUAUAAAGGUCUUAAGUGUCAAUUUUUGAAUAGCUGUCCACUGAAGUGAUCACUGUCCUUGAAAGGGUUACAAGUAACACUACAGUGACAAAGAUCUUGUGUUUUGAGAAUAUAAUCGUAAAACUACAAUUUAACAUUUUUCUCUAAACUCACUUCCAUUUGACAGCAGAUGUCCAAUCCAUUUGAACUGGGGAGCUGGCAGUGAUCGUUAACUGUGAGCAGCAGCAAAUGAUUGCAGUGCCUUUUUGACCAUUAAAUCCGACUAAAUCCUUGCAAGAAUAAAACCGACCAUAGGGAAAAAGAAAUAUACAAAGAGACCACUAUGAACUGUCAUGUGACUGCUCAUGUUGGAGAAAAUACUUUUAUUUGACUGAAAACAAAACUUGAAUUUAUUCUUGGAUGUGCGCGUAGAGGUACGUGUUAUAUUUUAAUAUUUAUUUGUUUCACGUUGUAUGACGCACAUGGAUUAUGGAAUGGUUUUUUUGUACGGAGGAGGCAUUUUUGGUUUGUGCUGGCGGCUAACUCCAGUUGGCUGUCUCUACGAUGGAGGUGGGUAACCUUUCUUCCAAUCAGGGGCAGUUUCAGUCCUCCAAGGGCUACAUUUAUAAUAUGUGUAAUGUGAUUUUGUCUUUUUUUAAACAGCAGUAUAUUGUUUUUUUUUUGCAUGUUGGGGCCGGAUCAAAUGCGCUUCCGGGAGAGGCUGCAUUUUGCCCCCUACACCUUAGGUUGCCCACCCCAUGCUUCUCACAUUAUAACCACUACACAAGCUUUUGGUACACAAUUGGCAUCUUGUUUGUUUGUUAUAGAGCAAUUUAAGGAGAGUAUAUGGAGAAAAUAUAUGUAAAAGUCUCUUUUUUUAAUUAUUAUUAUGCUACAUGAACAUGUAUUUCUUUGCCCAUGUGGUGUCAUUGGUUAUUUAUUUCCAGGUUAACCGUCACCAUGGCGUGAAAACAGUGUGAGUGUGCUUGUUGUAUGUUUUUGUUGUUGAUUUUCUGCCUAUUUGGUGUGGCUGCUGAUGACCAUCCAAUAAA